AAUAUACAUGUGUGCUGGUUGGAAAAAAAUAUAUAUAGCCGGGUAAGAUGUUGGGUGACUGAAAACAGCGAGUAACAGCCAACAUUCAGGAAGUCAUGUGGCUAGAGUUCUGUUGCACACGCCUCUCGUAAGUGCUCACUGGAUGCCAUAUAUCUACAUUAAUGAGGGAUCAGAGCUGGAGUGGAAUAUGCCCUUUACUGAAGAAAGAUUUUCCAAUCAGGCAUUUUGCUGCACUGAAAGCUACCAAAAAAGUACAGAAUGAUCAGAAGCAAGAGGACCUAAACACCAAUAUCAAGAAAAAGGCCAAAUCAAACAGGCGCAAAGUAUAUGGUUUGAUAGCCUUGGAACCGAUUGAUGAUGUCUAUCAGGUCCAGUAUUAUCCAAAGACAGUAUUUGACAUUGAGACGGCAAUUGAGUCUCUGAAGAAGUUUCAGCAGUUAGAUUUUACUUAUCCAAAGCAGCCUGUUUAUAUUGAUUUGCGUCUUGACAUGAAACUGGAAAAGAAGAAAAAAGUGGAUCCAUUUGUCAGAAUUGUACAGUUGCCGUAUUCUUUUAUGACCAAGCUCAACACUGUGGUUGUAUUCACAGAGAAUCCAGAAGAAGUUACUGUUGCUCAGCAGCAUGGAGCGGAUGUUGUGGGUGGAACGGAACUUGUACAAAAGAUCUUGGAUGAAGAAAUUCAAGGAGACUUCUAUGUCUCUGCUCCUGACAUAGUAUCCAAACUGGUGCCUCUCAAAAACAAGCUAAGGAAGAAGUUUCCUAAAAGCAAACGGGGUUCUGUUGGGCACAAUAUUCCUGAAAUGAUGAAAGUAUUUAAAACUGGCCAUGAAUACCAGGUGGAACGUGAUUGUUAUGUUCUUUCAAAAGUAGGAACGCUGGAUAUGCCAAAAGAACACAUUAUAGCUAAUGUUGCUACAAUCAUCAAGGAUGUGUGUACCCAGAGACCAGUGAGUUUUGGUCCAUUUGUUGAAAGAGCAAUUAUUUGCAGUGCAACCAGUGAAUCUAUGUUGUUUAAAGUAGAUCCUUUCUUGCCUCAAAUAACAGAAGACAAUGAAGAAGAGAAUCAAUAGCACUAUGGUUAAUUAUUAACUACUUUUGUACAAACUACCAAUGGCAUAUUGUGAUGCAAUAAACAUUUAUAUAUGUAAUAAGUUGAUAAGCUGAAUAUAAAAAGGAAUCUCUGAACAGGAGUCAAGUGCAUCUUAUUAAAGUUUAUUUAAAAGGCUUGUUAAAUCUUACAGAAUAGUACUCUGCCUUAGUCAGCAGGUUUUCAGCAGAUAUGGCUUAUCACUGACCUCUUCACUUUGGUUCCAGUGUUUGAAGAUUUUCUGUUGAUAGUUGCAAAGUUAAAGUUUCAUUCAAAAUAACCGUAAUUUUAUUAAAUAGUGGAGCAGAUUUGAAACAUCUAUUGAUUUGUUCUUAGUUACAAUGUUUCUAUGACUUCAGCAUCCUUAUAUUAUUCUCAAGAAAUGGUGCAUAAUCUUGAGGACAGGAAAUUGCUUCCAGACUUAUCCAUAGUCAUGUUUGGGUGAAUAUCUGGAGCAAGGUACAGUAUUUUAACUAGGAUACACUGUGAGCACUGAUACAUGUCCUUUUGUUGAACAUUCCACCGACAACAUUAAAAGAGUGCUUCCAUAAUCAUACUUGGCUGGAUGGAGUUUCUUCUUUGAGAUGAAUUGUGGAAUCCUCCAUAUUGCCAUAUUAUGUGAAGAAUGACAGAUUACUGUAAGUAUAUUUUAACGAUUUGAUCUAAUGUUGGUACACUUUUUUUUUAUGUGAAUAUCAAUACAAGUCUGCAUUAGUUUACUAACAGUACCUGUGUAGUUUUGGUAGACAAUACACAGAAUAAUAGCUGUCAGUUAUGUUCUGAUGUUUUCUGUAAAUAAAAAGGAAUAAGUCACUACUUGGAACACCUUCCUACUUAUUUUGUACAGGAAAAGGAAGUAAUUCUGCUUCUGCUCAUAUUCCUAUUCUAGAAAGUAUUGUGAUUUGUUUCUAGAAGUUUCUAUCUUUAUCUACCUCUCACCUUUACUAUUUCUGUGCAGAAGUGAGCUGAUAUUUUUCUAGCAAUGUUGUUAUGGUUUACAGGAUUAUUCUCAAUGGCUUAAAGGAUUUUUAAAAAUCUGUGCAAGUCAGGGGUGACAUGCUGGAUGACGACAAGACAGCAAAUGUGUUAUCUUUAUUCUGGAGGGCAAUAGAUAUACAGACCUGAGUUUAAUGUCAGUGAUAGGCUGAAUCUAAUGUUAGUGGUGGGAAAAG